AGCUGCAUGUCACUUUGUUGAGUUUUUUUAAAUAUUAAAGCAACCAAUACUUUCCUUUGUAGCUGGUCGCGUUGAGGAGACAUAUUGAGAAAGUAGCGAUGGCAGAGCCUUACAUGGGAGAAGAGAUUCCGCUCAGAUGGCUCUUAUUUGAGGAAGCUCUAGCUGCAGAUAAAAUCAAUUACAUGACAUUAGAUCAGACCAAGGAACUGACGCAGCCAUUCGGAAUGGAAUCGGAGGGUGAACUUCUCACGAUGCUGACCUUCUACCACGACCUGGGUAAUGUAGUCUACUACGGAGGAAUUGAAGAUCACCAGUCUCUCUUACGAGACAUGGUGAUCCUAAAUCCUCAGUGGCUAAUUGAUGUCUUCAAGCAGGUCAUAACCAUCCUGGAUCCUGCAGAGAGGGACGGGAUUGUGAGUGAUGCCUGGACCACUCUUGAGGAGGAUGGUAUCUUAGAGGAUAGGUUGAUUCAGCAUGUAUGGCAAGGUUUUUUGGAGCAGAAGGAAGCCUUAGUCAAGCUCAUGACCAAGUUUGAUCUCAUCUGUGAGGCUCCUGUGGAACGACUCCAGCAAGGGCAACAGAGUGGACUCGACGAUGAGGUAUCAAAUGCAACAGGAAAAGUGGUACAGAAGCGCUACUACGUUCCUUCCAGGCUGACGUCCCAUUGUUCCCCAGAAGAGAUUGCACAGAUCGAAUCCUCUACAGACUUUUAUGUGGACUUCAGGGGCUUCUUAACAGAUGGGCUAUUUCAUCGGUUGAUGACGAGAGCAGUCAGAUGGAUGGGUGAAAGAAAUGGAGAACCAGUCAAUCUUUACCAUCGUCAUAUCAGUCUAAUGGUUGAUGGAGUGCAUCAUGCGUUACUAGAGAUGUUACCUCCUCGUGAAGCAACUAUCAAGGUCUGA